AUGUCUUCUGCUCCAGCCUCCAGGUCCCAGCACCAUCCCCAAGGCACACUGGUGCCAGCGUGGCUCUGCCUCCUGCUCCUGCUGACUGCCUGUGUGCCUGCGGCUGGCACCAACCCUGGCAUCAAGGCCCGGCUGACCCAGACAGCGCUGGAAUUUGGCCGGCAGUUUGGGCUGAAGCUGCUCCAGUCGCUGCUGCAGAAAGAACAUGAGCUGAACCUGACGGGCUCCUACCACAGCCCACUCCUGGGGACACUCACCUACGCCGUGCCCCGGAUCAGCAUCCAUGAGCUGCAGAUGAACGACUCUGCCGUGGACUUCGCUGAGGACGUGGGGUUGAGGUUGACAGUGCAGCGUGCCCGCAUCCAGCUCAGCGCUGAGUGGGGAGCCCAGCUGGGUGCCAUCUGGGACAGGGGCUCCGUCGAGCUCCACAUGAAUGAACUGGCUGUGGUGGCAGUGCUGGGGGUGAGCAUGGAUGACAGCGGCCGCCCCAUGGUGUGGAGCGCCAGCUGUGAAGCCCACGGCACCGACCUGCACAUGGAGUUUCACCGUGGACACAGCUGGCUCUACAACCUGCUGGCACCGUUGCUCCAGAAAGCCCUGCGGCAGCAGCUGAACAAGCAGCUCUGCCUCGAGCUCCGUAGGGGUGUCUACAGGCUGGAGGAUGCCCUGAAGCACAUGAAAGUGUCCACCCAGCUGGACCCCUUCGCUGCCAUCGACCAUUCCCUGCUGGAGCGGCCGGCCAUCACAGCAGAGCAUGGGGAUGUCGCCCUUAAGGGAGAGUUCUUCAGGGUGGGCAAGUGCCAGCAGGGACCUUCCUCAGCGCUGCCAAUGGCGCUGCCUGUGGCAUGGCCUGCAGCUCUGCCCACAGUGCUGCCAAUGGCGCAGGAGCCCAUGCUGCUGCUGGCCAUCACUGAGUUCGUUGCCAACUCGGCCGCCUUCACAUACUUCACAGCUGGGGCCCUGCGCAGGAACAUCUCCAGCAACAUGCUCCCACGGCGGUUCCCGCUCCAGCUGAGGACCAAGAGCAUGGGGCUGUUCUCCCCACAGCUGCAGGAGCGCUACCCAGACCAGCCCAUGGAGCUGCACCUCUCGGCCCGCCAGCAGCCCCUGCUCUCCUGCCACCCUGACGCCCUGCAUGGGGCCCUCUUUGGCUUGGCCGAAGCCUUCGUGGUGCUGCCCAAUGCCACGCGUGUCCCUGCUUUUCUGCUGAACAUUGAUGCCAAUGUGACAGGGAAGCCGACCAUCACUGGGAACAGGCUCAGGGGCACCGUGAGCUUGACGGGGCUUAGCGUGACGCAGGUGAUGUCGCAUGUGGGCCCAGUGGAGGUGAAGAGGCUGGAGACCCUGCUGAAGUUCGGGCUGUGGCUUUUCGGGGUACCCUGGGCAAACAAGCGGCUCCAGGCCGGCAUCCCUGUGCCCACCCUACACGGCCUCAGCCUGCUCAACUCCCAGCUCUCACUGCAGGAGGGCUUCGUGCUCAUCGCCACGGAUCUGCAGUACAAGUCUUGAGACCAGCCACUGCGUGGGAACCUACUGACCCCCCCCCCACAAGCCGUGUCACCGCCCCGUGGCCAGCAGAGCCACCCGGCUGUGGGACCCAACCCCCCCCGUCUGCCGGGGGCUUUUCAGCAGGGAUUAAAGCCGA